AGAUGGCAGCGGUGUGGCCUGCAGGGCCCGAGCCGAUGAUGACGACCUUGGAGUGCAUGUUGCGGGCUGGUGGAGGAGCAAGGGCGCUGGCUUCUCGUGCUACGAAUGGAAGAGAUGCGAAUGGCGAACAGUUUGACGGUGAUUGGUAGAUAGUUUUUAGGGGCAGAGCAGAGCGACGUCUGUAUAUAAGAUGGCCAAUGUUGCUUAGCAAUACUCUAAUCAGACCAUUCGGGUACGGCUGGUUCCGUCUAUGUGAUGAUAUUAUGUUUCUUCAAGGCGUUUGGAUAUUCGUAAUCGCAGCCGUAACGAGCGCCGCUCUUUUUCUUUCGGCUUCGUUCCAAAUCGCAACUUUGACCACGGACCGACCGAGGGACUGUUUUGGUUUGGCUUUGUCUGCCGAAGACCCUGCGAUCUCGGGCCACGUGCAUCACUGCGUCUUUCUGGACAAAGCAUUCGAUGCCUGCACACACACUGUAGAGACUACAAGCACGCUGGGGACAGAUGACACUGUUAGAAGAGUCAUUUGAUUGUCCCUAACGGAUAGGUACUCCCAAUACUAGUCGAAGGUUGUGUAUCGGCAUAGCUAGACCCUGAUCAUUUGCACUUUUGCAGGUGGCAUGCG